AUCAAGAUGGGUCGAGUUAAGCUGGAGAUUAAGAGAAUAGAAAACAACACCAAUCGGCAAGUUACAUUCUCAAAGCGUAGAAAUGGACUCAUUAAAAAAGCCUACGAGCUUUCCAUCCUUUGUGACAUUGACAUUGCCCUUAUCAUGUUCUCUCCUUCUGGUCGUCUUAGCCACUUUUCCGGCAAAAGAAGGAUUGAAGAUGUGUUUACUCGUUACAUCAAUCUCCCAGACCAAGAAAGAGAGCAUGCCAUUAUUUUUCCUGAUCACAACAAACAUCCUGAUCUACAAAACAAAGAGUACUUGCUCAGGACCCUUCAACAACUUCGCAGUGAGAAUGAUAUUGCUCUUCAACUAGCCAAUCCUACUGCAGUUAGCUCUGAAAUUGAGGAACUUCAACAGGACAUUGGGGGGCUACAACAACAGCUUCAAAUGGCGGAAGAGCAAAUAAGGAUAUAUGAGCCUGAUCCACUAAAAAUCACAUCUAUGGAAGAGCUUGAAUCAUCUGAGAAAAGUCUUGUGAACACCUUGUCGCGUGUUAUGCAGAGAAAGGAAUAUUUGUUGAGUAACCAGCUAUCCUCUUUUGAUUCAUCCGGAAUACAGCAAGUGUUGCCAGGUUCUUUUGAGAAUGAUGUGGCAGGUUGGUUGGCUAACGGUGGUCACAACCACACCCAAAUAUACGAUGGUACUGCUCCUUUGGAUCACCAACUUAGGAACUUGUCGUCGUCUCUGUAUGAUCCUUUUUCACACGGAACGAGUUCAAAUGGUGGCGCAGAUCUGAGUAGCAUGGGAGAGUGUCAUGUGAGUGUUACAAACGGCAGUGACGGAGAGCUUCCCUGGCCUCAGCCUUACACAUCUUCCGGACACCAUUCCACUCUUAUGCAACCUUCAUUGAUGCCUCAAUAUCAGGCAAUGGUUAGCUCGAACAUGCCAGAAAUAAUACCACACGAGCAGGUGGAGAUUCCAGUUAGCAGCUCCAACGUACAAGCUUACAACGAAGGCGUAGACAGUUAUCAUGAUCAAAACAACAAGGUUCCUCAGCUUAAUGGACACUAA